AUGAAAGUCACGAUCAAGAAGUGGAAUGCUGUCGCGACCUGGCGGUGGGAUAUUCCCGAAGACGAUGUCUGCGGUAUCUGCCAGGUCCACUUUGACGGGACAUGCCCGACAUGUAAAUACCCCGGCGAUGAUUGUCCCCUUUUGUCGGGAAAGUGUGGCCACAAUUUCCACAUGCACUGUAUCCUUGAGUGGAUAAAGCAAGACUCAGCCAAAGGCCAAUGUCCUAUGUGCCGGCAGAGAUUUGAAUGGACCGAGCAACCAAACGAAACCUCGAUAGACAUCUUGCCAGGUGCCGCUGAAGCCUCCUGA